AGGCAGCUGGAGAACGAGCUGGACCUGAAGCUGGUCUCCUUCAGCAAACUCUGCACCAGCUACAGCAGCACCCGAGACGGAAGGCGCGACAGCUCAGACACAACCCCUCUCUUAAAUGGAUCGAGCCAGGACAGAAUGUUUGAAACCAUGGCUGUGGAGAUUGAACAGCUUCUGGGAAAGCUUACUGGAAUAAAUGACAAAAUGGCAGAAUACACAAAUAGCGCUGGAGUCCCGUCCCUGAAUGCUGCGCUGAUGCAUACGUUACAGCGUCACAGAGACAUACUGCAGGAUUAUACACAUGAAUUCCACAAAACCAAAGCAAACUUCUUGGCCAUACGAGAAAGGGAGAAUCUAUUGGGAUCAGUACGAAAAGAUAUCGAAUCAUAUAAAAGUGGGUCUGGAGUGAAUAACAGAAGAACAGAACUAUUCCUGAAGGAACACGAACACCUUCGAAACUCAGAUCGGCUGAUAGAAGAAACAAUAAGCAUUGCCAUGGCAACUAAAGAAAAUAUGACUUCGCAGAGAGGGAUGUUGAAGUCAAUACAAAGCAAGAUGAACACCCUGGCCAAUCGGUUUCCAGCAGUGAACAGCCUGAUUCAGAGGAUCAACCUUCGGAAACGACGAGAUUCCCUCAUCUUGGGUGGUAUUAUUGGCAUCUGUACCAUCUUACUGCUGCUAUACGCUUUUCAUUGAUGGAUGUUCCCCCAUGGACUCUGCUAAACUCAUCACCACCAUCCCUCCCCCCCAGUCAAGGAGAAGUGAGUGGGGGAAGCGACAGACUUCAAACGGCCUCCUCAUCACGGCUGGGAGAAUCGGCCUGAUGUCUAGAGCUGAUGAUGGUAGACUGCGACACUGGUUUUGGGUUGAAGCUGCAGUGUUUCUCCUUCCCUGCCGUACAUCUUCCUUUGGUUAAAUUUUGUGGGAUUUGUUUGUCUUUAAUUCCCUUUCUCACUGCAAGGUAAGUAAACGUGGGACGCUUACCAGAACCGGUAGAACAGUUCCUGUGCUCAGCGGCGCUGGGGAGGUCUGUUGUUGGC